AUGGAGAAUCAUGAACCAUACUUCGUUCAAAGAAGAAUUGCUACUGGAACUCUUGGGCUUUCUUCUUUACAAAAGGUGUCUGCCGCCAUGAGGAUCCUUGCUUAUGGAGUUGGAGCUGAUCUCAUGGAUGAGUAUGUAAGAAUUGGAGAAACCACAGCAAUAAAGAGCAUGAAAUUUUUUGUCAAAGCGGUAGUCUCGAUCUUUGGAGAUGAGUACUUGCGGUCUCCAAAUAGUAAUGACAUUGCUAGAUUGCUAGCAGUUGGUGAGAAACGGGGAUUUCUAGGUAUGUUGGGGAGUAUUAACUGCAUGCACUGGAAAUGGAAGAAUUAUCCUACUGCAUGGAGAGAACUUGCUGAAGGUCAUGCUCCUAAAGUUAACUACUCAAUCAAUGGCCACGAUUAUACUAUGGGUUACUAUCUUGCAAAUGGAAUCUAUCCUUCAUGGUCUAUAUUUGUCAAAACCAUUCCAACACUAUAA